AUGGCCGUGGCAGUCCCACGGGAGUUGUGCGGUCUUUUGGGAGGUCCCUUGCUGCACCGGGUCUUCCUCGGUGCUGGGGGAUCGAUUUUCUCUAGCACUUUCGCCCAGUAUUGCCUUUUGGCUGCCCGAACUGUCUUGUCAGCCGCAAGGCACUCUGGAUCAGCCAAGGGAGGCCUGGAGGAACAGGGAGGGGAACGCGACCGGAAGGGUGGCGGCCUGAGGCUGCCAGGACCCACACCACUGAGUAACAGGUCACGUAAUUCCAGGGUG